AUGGAGAUGGACAACUUAGGAGAUGGAGAAGAAGCUCAUAUGUUGAAUGGAAGCGUGUCGGAAAGUCUGAACACAAGAGCAACACUAGAAGAAGGUUAUGAAGCCGACGAGCCAGCCAGCCAAGAACAGGAAGGAUUCCUGCACCAUGUCUCCAGUCAGAAAAGCCAUUUUACUGACUUUGAAGGCAAGACGUCAUUUGGGAUGUCAGUGUUUAACCUGAGCAAUGCCAUUAUGGGUAGUGGGAUCUUAGGUCUGGCCUACGCAAUGUCCAACACAGGAAUCAUUCUUUUUGUGAUCCUUUUAAUAUGCAUUGCUCUCUUGUCUGCUUAUUCCAUCCACCUCCUCCUCAAGUGUUCAGGUGUCGUUGGUAUGCGUGCCUAUGAACAGCUUGGCAUGAGAGCAUUUGGACCCGUGGGGAAGAUUAUGGCAGCAUUGAUUAUAACCAUCCAUAAUGUCGGCGCUAUGUCCAGUUAUUUAUACAUUAUUAAGUACGAGCUGCCACUCGUCAUCCAGACUUUCAUGGGGUUGACAACGAAAACUGAGGCUUGGUAUUUACAAGGUAACGUGCUCAUCAUCAUUGUCACAAUCUCCGUCAUUCUCCCCCUCGCUCUCAUGAAACAUCUGGGUUAUCUGGGAUACACAAGUGGCUUCUCUCUAAGCUGUAUGGUUUUCUUCUUGAGUGUGGUCAUGUACAAGAAGUUUGUAAUACCUUGUCCCCUGAGCAACUCAACAACCACAGAGCACCACCUCUACACCAACGGUUACAAUACAACUACUGUCAAAGGGGAGGAGUGCGCCACUAAGAUGUUUACUCUGAACACUCAGACUGCAUAUGCCAUCCCCAUCGUUGCUUUUGCUUUUGUUUGCCACCCUGAAGUUCUGCCCAUAUACACCGAGCUCCGCAGAGCUACCAAGGCCCGAAUGCAGAAUGUAGCCAACGUGUCUAUCUUUGCUAUGUUUAUCAUGUACCUGUUAACUGCAAUUUUUGGCUACUUGACUUUCUAUGGUGAAGUGGAAUCGGAGAUGUUGCACACAUACAUGAAGGUAGACCCCCUUGAUAAGCUGAUGCUGUGUGUUCGCCUUGCUGUACUGGUGGCCGUCACCCUCACUGUGCCAGUCGUCUUGUUUCCGAUCCGCAGAGCCAUCCUGCAGCUCCUCUGCCCAGGACAGGACUUUCGAUGGUGGAGACAUACGCUUAUUGCCGUCUGCUUGCUCUUUGCGGUCAACUUGCUGGUUAUCUUUAUUCCAAACAUCAAAGAUAUUUUUGGUGUCAUUGGAGCCACUUCAGCACCAAGCCUGAUUUUCAUCCUUCCAAGCAUAUUCUAUAUAAGAAUUGUUCCUAAUGAAAAGGAACCGCUGUUUUCUCGUCCAAAGAUUCAGGCUGCCAUCUUUGCUGCCAUGGGCUUCGUGUUCAUGAUCAUGAGUUUGAGUUUUAUCAUUGUGGACUGGGUGACAACGGGAAAAAGCAAUGUCGGGGGUCACUAG